AUGAAUUUGCCAAGCUAUAUAAACAACAAGGUCGGCCAUUUCUCUCCUUUUGAGGUUGCUGUGAAGUGCGGAGAAGAGAGAAGAGAAAGAGAAAGGAAGAGGAGAGGAAGGAAGAAGGGAAAGGGGGGUUGCUGCUGCUGCUGGCAUACAGUUGCGGAUGCUGCUUGCUAUGCAAGCGGCUGCCUGUUGCUACUUGCAGUUGCUGCUGUUGCUGCACUCGCAUGUGCAGCAAAGGGUGCACUGCAGCUGCUGCCCUCAUACAUGUAUGGGUGGUGGUGUGCUGCUACACUGGUGGAGCUAGUACAAGGCUUCUCAACUGAAGACAGGGUGGUAUCAUAUAUGACAUCAACUGGGAAAGAACCUGAUGUACACUUGGUGAGGACAUGUGUGAUCGGGAAUUCAUCGAAAGAACAUCAGAUUCGAGAAAUUAGAUGAUCUUUCAGAUUACCCGACUAAGGAGCUAGAGCCAAGACCCACUGUGGAGUUCCCAGUUGAAGACUGGUGGGUCCAAGAAGAUCUUGGGCAUGGGGCCGAGUGCCCGUGCAAGAGUUGUGUUGUAGG